UUAAUGUUUACGUUUGGCGGCGGCGGCGGCAGUGGUGGAGCUGUGGUAGAGUGGUGGAGCUGUGGUGGAGCUGUGGUGAAGGUGUAGUGGCUCAGCAUGGAGGACAAGGAGGAAGGGGAGGUGUCUGACGGGACCGAGGACAGUUUUGAUCUGGCAUACAAGCCUGUAGUGCGCCCUGAUGCCUCUCAGUAUCGUCAUGCCCCGAGACACUUGCCCUCCAGCGAUGAAGAAUGUUCCUCCGACUCAGACUCUGACACUCCAACUAUUGCCAAGAGAAAAAGAUCUAAUGUCAGUAAAAUGGACACCUGUUACUCUGAAAGUCGUGAUUCCAGAGGCUGGACAGUUGGAAGUACGGGUGGCGAAAUCAAGCCAAUUGCCAAAGCUAAGCGACGUAACAACAUCUGGUCAACAGUUAUGGAGGAGCAGGUGCUAUCACAGGAAAUAGGUGGUUUUGGUCUUAAGAAGAGACUAGAUCAAGGCGACCGCAGUGUUGAGAGUUACGACUACACACAAGCCCUUAAACUCCGUGGCAUCCAGCCAGAUGACUCGGAGGCAGAGGAGGAGGAGGAGGAGGAGGAAGAAGAAGAAGAAGAAACAGAAGAGAGGAAGCAAAAGAGGAUGAACAGAAAACGGCACGUUAAGGAGAGACUUACUUAUAAAAAAACAAAAACGAAAAGUGGGCAACGAAACUUGGUGGAUGUGAGCGUCAGUGAGACCAUGACGGACGAAGAGGUCGGCCUGGCUAUAGCUAAUGGCUUAUUGGAGAAGAAGCCGGAGCUAAUAGUGAGAGUUGUGGAAGUCCUGGGUCGUGAGAAAGCCAUUGAUCUGUACAAAGAGACACAAGAGCUGGAGCGUGAUGGUGGCCUUUUAAUUAUGAACGGCUCCAGAAGAAGAACAUCAGGGGGGGUGUAUCUUCAGUUGGUUAAGGCCCUUCCAGACCUCGAUAAAUCUGACAUAGUAAAAAUUUUCCCACAAGAAGAGUCUCGGUCAACACAGCAGUGGAGAAAACGCAAGAGAGCUCACCGCAAGAGGGAGAGGCAUGAAUCAAAGCCUCAAGGAGAAGAUGUGAGUGAGGAAGGACUGCAUCUGGGAGGGCUCUUCUCGGAUGACCCUGGGGGAGCCAAGUGCCCCGGCUCCACCCCUGUCACCUCCCCACAACCUUCUGAUAAUGAAGCAGAGGACGUAGCAGGCUCCUUGAUCAACCAGCUAUCACCCUCGGGGCUGCCAGAUAUGGUGUCGUCGGCUGUAACCAACGCUGUGCCUGAUCCCAGAUCAUGUAAAGGUGACACCUCACUUGAUACAUUCAAUGGUGGUUUUUUGAAUGUUCAGUCAGAUCCCCAGGCAGCUAAGGGAGAGGAGAGAUCCACAGAAGUGUACGACGAAGAUUUUCUCGACAUCCACGCCAAUGACGAAAUGGAACUCUUCUGAUGCUUUCCUCGUUUAUCUAGAGUGAAUGUAUGGGUUCUUGUUAUUUGUUUUCACUAUAGUUCAGCUUUUUUGUUAGGCUGCGAGAAAAGUUUGCUGUCAUUUGAAGUUUUUCUCCCAAAGAGUAAAGUUUGCAUCUUAUUGCCAGAAGUUAGACCCGAGGCCUUCGUGUUUAGUCCCCUGCCCAGUGCUCUUCAACUCCUGGCCUCUGUGGCAGAUGUUCUUCAGAGUUUGGAUUACAUCUACCUUGAAACUUCACAUUUACCCUCAUGAUCCUGACUCCUCAUAGUACCAUCUGCUAUAGUGUCAAGUGCCUCAUUGCUGUGUGUCAUACCAAGGUAUUGUCUUUGAGAAUAUUACAGUAAUUAUUUAUUUUUAUUAAUAAUCUAAGAUAAAAUAUUUAAAAAUUAAGAUCUCAUUGUAAAAAAAAAGACAAAAGGCUUUACAGAACAUUUCAGUCAACAUGUUUUAUAAAUGUCAUCGGUUGAUCAGGAAGAUUUUUUGUUGGAAUUUUUUGUAAAUAAAAUCACCCAGAAGAGUUAAGUAUCUUUUAAGGUUCAGAAUAUAAUUAAAUAUCAAGUAGAGUUUUUAGUAAAAUGGCCCUACUAGCUACUUUAUGGAUGACGUCUUUUUGUCCAAUUAUGAAGACUAAUGACGUGUCCCACUUGAGUGAUGUUCUCUUGUUGUGAUUAUACAGUAGUGUUAACUAGCACCAAAAUGAUUUUUAUAUUUUUAAUUAACCCACAUGAUGCAGAAUUCUGAAAAUAAUUUUUUUUAUCAAAGGAAUACAUUACGUGUGUUUGUGUAUGUGUGUUAAUUUCGUGUGAGAAUGAUGGGAAGUGUACUGGACUGUACUGUAUAUGCAAGAGAUGUUCUUUGGUAAGGUGUUGGUAAAGGUUGUAGGCAGAGCUCAGAUGUUAUAGCAAAAUGCCAUAAUGCUUACUUUUGCAAUUUCAAUAUAAAUUAUUUGUCUUAAUAUAUCACUUUUGCCUGUUUUUAUUUAUAUUUCUAUAAAUCUGCUUUAAGAGAAACUCUUUAAUUACUACAGUAUUUGACUGUAGGAUCACUACCACAAUGGGUAUACCAAUGACACUUAUAAUACUGUCCUGUAUUGGUUUAUGUAUUAUAAACUAAUUCAGAGUUUGUCAACUAAAUUGAUUGAUCAUGAAAAAAUACAAACAUAAACAUGUUAGUUUACUUGAUUACAAAUAAUUAAUAAAAAAAUUUGCACUAAAAAAUAAAAAUUAGAUACAUGUGUACAAAAAUAGCAAUUGUUUUAUAAUAAAAGGAAAAAGCUAGGUAAUACUAUAGUGUGUUUAUCUGCUAACUUAUAAUUAAAGAUGAAAUUGGGGUACAUGAGCUACUGCUUAUCAAAAUAUUGUAAAAAGUUGUUUUUACCCGCCAACAAGUAUUAAUUACAAAUGUUUUUUACCUGCUAUCCAAUUAUAUAUACAAUUGUUAUAUAGAAAGGAAAUCAAAAGCCCAUCUGUAUUUACUGCUUCUAUAAUGUUGACUUUGUAUUCCUCAUUGCAGCCUUCAGAAGUGUGUGUGUGUGGGUGUGUGUGCGUGCGUGCGUGUGUGUGUUAGUUUUUGAUGAUUGUAUGUGUGUGAGAGAGAGAGAACAGUUUUGGUGGGAGAUACUAGUGAGGGGCAAGUUUGUUUGAGAAGUUUUGAUUAAGGGUAUGUUAUGGGUGAGAGAAAAGUUAUGUUAUGCAUGGGAGAAAGGUUAUGUUUCCAUGAGAGAAAGCUUAGUUAAGAGUUUAUAAAUAGUGUGAUGUGAGGAGGAGGUGGUCCUCAGCAGCUGGUGGUCUGUGCCACAUCAUGACAUCUUCUCUAGAUCAAUUUAAUAACAGUAGAGAAAUUUCAGUUAACUAAACAGUCUAAAAUAUCUUACAGCAUUGGUCAGUUUGCAUUACAGUAUAAAUUUAUUUAUUUUUGUUGUGAGAAAUUCAUAUAAACAGAAUGUGUGUAUCAUUUUGUAAGUUUAUAUUUGUGUGUAAUACUAGAGUUGGAUACUGCAAUGUUCACUCUGUGUUUUUAGAUUUGUAAGUUUUCUACAGUGUAUGUUCAAUUUCCAAUAACAUAGAUUCUUGAUUCCUGUACCUUUUUUCAAUGUAUGUUUAUUAUACACAUGUUAUUUUCUUAAUGUUUUUGUUAUGUUUUGCUGUUAAAGAUGAUUAUAUUUUAGGAUGAUCAGUCUCACAUGAAUGCAGGCCAAAUAUCUGCUGUAUGAUAAACAAUAUUCAGGAAAAGAUUUAUACCUUUAAGGACAUUAUGUGUUGUAAAAAAAAAAAGGAUAAUGUUUUUAACUGAAUCAAUUUUAUUAUUAGUAUGCAGUACAGUUGCCCAUGCAAGACUUGGUCAAAUGGUUUAAUCACUUCAGCUCAGCACAUCCAACCACACAGUCCUUCAUCAAUCUUAUAUAUACUGUGCUGUACUUCCUCUCUUCUUGUGCCAUACCUUUCAGCUUCCUCAAUAUAAUGUCCUCCCAUGCUGUCAACCAGAGUUCUUUCUUAUGGAAUAAUUAAUGACACCAAGAGAUGGUACCUAAAAAAGUGUAUUGGUACAAUAAUUGAAUGGAGUGGAAGAGGGGCACCAAGCCUAAUGUGACGGAGAUCUUGGUACUGUACAACACAUUAUGCAGGGUUUCUCAAAAAGAUGUAUGCACAAGUGAGGCCAAUGCAGCUGUUAUAAUAGAAGCAUUCACACGAUUGUCAUAAAGAUCUGUAAUGCGGUGUGUAUAUAUUAUUAUUUUUUAAACAUCCUGUAUAUUGCUGCACUUUAACCUCACAAGUAAGAUGGUCUUCCUCUACUGCACGCACUCACUGCUCUUGACCCAUUGUAAAAAUUAAUAACUUCAAAAACAUCAUAGAUACAACACGUUGCUUUUAUUUUACUUGACAAACUACUACUAAGUUUUUUCUUGUCUUUGUACACUUCAGCAUGUGGACUAAUUUCUAUCUGUAGUAUUAUUGAGGUUAUUUAGUUUUAAUAUGGGUUAAAUAUUUAUGGACACAUAUACUGUACAGUAUAAACACCAAAUAACAAGACAGUAAAAAAUACAGCACCCCCAAAAAUCUCAGUUUUGUGUGUAUUUUUUAAUUAUUUAUUUAUAUAAUUUUUUUUUUUUUUUACACAUGCAAGUCAAAAGUCCAUAGGGUGCAGGGUUGCCAAGCAGUAAUUAAUGUAUAUCAAUAAAUUUAGUAAAGAUAUUCUUGAAGGAAUUAUACCAGGCUGAUGUGGAACAGUGGAUGAUAGUGAUAAUUGUAUGUCUGAAUUAAUAUGCAGAAGGAAGCUUUGAUGAUGUGAGGUACUGUAUACAUAUUGUGUGACUUGUGUUAAAGAUUACAUCAACACUAUACUGUAUGAUGAAGUUUGUAGUGGAGUUCAUAACAAGAGAUGGUAUGUAGAAGGUUUGAAGACAUUUAGAAUGAUAAAUGUAAAUAGUUCAUAGGAUGAGAAAGCACAAACUACUGUUUAAAUAAUAUAGAUGAGAGAACCCAAAACUUUGUAUUAAAGUAGAGAAAGUUAAAACACACAACCAUGUACAUGAAUAAUUAAAUAAAAGGAUGUAAAGAUAA